GUUGGAGUAUUGCACACAUUCAGAGACAGUCCUGGGAGUUUCCAGGCAUUUUGAUCAGGAUUACUACAAAGUGUUGACUUAGACUGCAGCUAUGUUAAAAGAAGUCUUCUCUCUUGUUCUGUCUUUGUACACUUUGUUGUAUCAGACCAUUGUUCCCUGCUUGGAGCCUGAGAUGCUGUCUGUGAACACGAUCGAUCGGCAGAAGCAUCUAGGGACAUGGUACUUUAAAGCAGCAGUCAGUCACAGAGAGGCGGACAUCCAGAAGUUCAGAGUGCUGGACAACAUUGUGUUCACCAUGGAGGAAAGAGCAAACGACACACUGCUGCUGACUGGACACAUGCGCAUGGGGGAUAACUGCAUAAAGCAGACCUGGACCUAUCAUAUAAAUCUUGAGAGCAAUGAUUUGGAACUGGAAGGAAGACCGCAGCGCAAGAACCUACUGUGGAGUGGCAAGUGGGCCGAAUGCUCUGAAUGCAUCAUUUUCCAGGAAAUAGAGCCUCCACUAGACAAGGAGAAAGGAACGCAAGACUCCCUCCAUAGACACAUGCUGUAUGCUCGCAGCAGUAAUAGCUCUGAGAUGGUGGCAACAUUUCUGAAAAAUGCAGCCUGUCAUAGCAUGCAGGCGAGCGUCACACCACGUCAAGAGAAAGUUAUACCUAUAUUUACAGAGUUUUGCACGUAGUUAUCAAGAUUACGGUUACGGUUGGAUUCACUGGUAUCCUCGAUGACAAGAAUAUUUCUUUCUUUUUUUCUUGAGCAAUUGUUAACCAAUUAAAACCCAAACACCUACGUCCUGUCUCCCUCA